AGCCUGAUGAACAGCCGCGAGCCGCCCGGGCCCAGCGCCGUGCCCAGCCUGGCCCCCGUGGGGGGCAGGAUGCCACCUCCCCUGCCCCAGAACCUGCUCUACACCGUGUCCGAACAUACAUAUGAGCCAGAUGGCUAUAACCCUGAAGCUCCUAGUAUUACCAGUGCUGGUAGAUCUCAGUACCGACAGUUCUUUACAAGAGCACAAACGCAGCGUCCAAAUCUAAUUGGCCUAACAUCUGGGGAGAUGGAUACAAAUCCAAGAGCUGCCAAUAUUAUCAUCCAGACUGAGCCUCCCAUCCCCAUUACAAAUAACAGCAGCAAUGUAACCAGAGUUGUCCUUGAACCGGACAGCAGGAAGAGAUCUCCAAGCAGCAUGGAAUGUCCACCACUGAAGAAACCCUGGCUGGGAAAGCAAGCAAAUAACAACCAGAAUAAGCCAGGGUUUUUGAAAAAGAAUCAGUAUACUAACACAAAACUAGAAGUUCGAAAAAUUCCACCAGAAUUGAACAAUAUUACACAGCUCAAUGAACACUUCAGCAAAUUUGGAACUAUUGUAAACAUCCAGGUUGCUUUCCAGAACGACCCCGAGGCGGCGCUGAUCCAGUACCUGACCAACGACGAGGCGCGGAAGGCAAUCUCCAGCACGGAGGCCGUGCUCAACAACCGCUUCAUCCGCGUGCUGUGGCACCGGGAGGGCGAGCAGCAGCCCCCGGCCCUGCAGCAGCAGCAGCCGCCCACGCAGCCUCUUCCUCACCAGCUUCACCUGCAGCAGCAGGCCCUGACCACGGCUCCCACGGCAGCGAUGCACGGCAACCUGUCAAAGGUGAUGAAUAAACCCCUGGCAUCUGGAGCCUAUGUCCUCAAUAAAGUCCCCGUUAAACGUCGCCUGGGAGCAGCAGGUGGGACCCAGCCUGACUUAAGCCAGUCGGGGGCUGUGGUGGAGGAUUCGCAGACAUUUCCUACUUCUACAAGCCACUCAAAAAUGGUUUAUAGUGCUUCGCACUUGAAGACUUCUAUGAAGCCUGGUUCAGGGUCUAAACCUCACGAUGUGCAAGAAGCCCUUAAAAAAAAACAGGAAGCAAUGAAACUCCAACAAGACAUGAGGAAAAAGAAGCAGGAGAUGUUAGAAAAACAAAUAGAAUGCCAGAAGAUGUUGAUAUCCAAGCUGGAGAAGAAUAAGACCAUGAAACCAGAAGAAAGAGCAGAAAUAAUGAAGACCUUAAAAGAAUUAGGAGGAAAAAUAUCUCAGUUAAAGGAUGAAUUAAAAACUUCAUCUACAACCUCUACACCAUCAAAACUGAAGUCCAAGACAGAGGCACAAAAGGAACUUCUAGAUGCAGAGCUGGACUUUCAUAAGAGGCUGUCUUCUGGUGAGGACACAACUGAAUUGCGAAAAAAGCUGAAUCAGUUACAAGUUGAGGCUGCUCGUUUAGGCAUUUUGCCUGCUGGUCGAGGAAAGACCUCACCAGCCCAAGGAAGAGGACGAGGACGGGGUCGUGGUGGGAGAGGAAGGGGCAUGUUGAAUCAUAUGGUGGUGGAUCAUCGUCCCAAAGCACUGACAGUUGGAGGCUUCAUUGAAGAGGAGAAAGAUGAAUUGUUACAGCACUUCUCUAAAUUUGGAGAUAUUGAAGAUCUUCAAGAAGAGGAUUCCCCAUUAAGUGUUGUUCUAACUUUCAAAUCUCGCUCAGAAGCUGAAAAUGCUGCUAACCAAGGAUCCCGCUUCAAAGACCGAAGGCUACAGAUAUCUUGGUACAAACCUAAGGUACCUUCUGUGUCCACAGAAAUCGAGGAAGAGGAAUCUAAGGAAGAGGAGACUGAAACCUCAGAUUUAUUUUUGCACGAAGACGAUGAUGACGACGACGAAGAUGAGGAUGAGUCCCGUUCCUGGAGAAGAUGAAACUUGAUGUUGGAAAUGUAUAAUUUUAGGAAUAUAGUUCAAGCUAAACCUUUUAAACCAUUAUUUAAGGAAGUUGAUGAGCCAAAAAAAGCUUUACUUUCUUUUCAAACCACAAGAUUUAAAGUGAGCAGAGUUUGUUAUAAAAACAUUUCGGAUCUAGAGCUGUGAUAUUAAGCUAGCCAAAGGCCCAGUAACUUUUUACAUAAUUACCCAGCUCACCAGGGUGGUGAUUUUUUUCUAUUUAAGAAGGAUUAAAAAGGGGAGGGGCGGGUGGGAGAAACUGGUAUUUUCUUGUCCUCUUUUUGUGUCACCUGUAUUACGUUGUUUUGGGUUUUUUAUAAUGUGAUUCAUUAGUUAGUUUAUAAUUGAAAAGAUAUUACAGGUUUUAUUUAGCAAUAUUUUGGGGUUAGAGGAAAGACAAAUGUUGAUUAAAUGUUA